AUAAAUAAAACCCAAAUGAUUCCUACUUUGCCUUUGGUGAAGAAGCUCUUGCAAGCUCGGUUACUUUUCUCAUUCGUGUAUUUUAUUUCUAAGUCAGGAGCCAUGGUUGAUCAAGCCACUAAAGAUAAAUUGGAAGCCGGCUUUCAGAAGCUUCAGGCCGCUACCGACUGCAAGUCUUUGCUGAAGAAAUACCUUACUAAAGAAGUUUUUGAUGCCUGCAAAGAUAAGAAAACAGCACUUGGUGCCACACUUUUAGAUUGCAUCCAAUCCGGUGUUGAAAACUUGGACAGUGGAGUCGGUAUCUAUGCCCCCGAUGCCGAGGCCUAUACCCUUUUCGCCCCUAUUUUUAAUCCAAUCAUCGAGGACUACCAUGAAGGUUUCAAGCCAACCGACAAACAUCCACCAACUGAUUUUGGAGACAUUAACACCCUAGUCAAUGUUGACCCCACUGGUGAAUACGUCGUUUCCACCCGAGUCCGAUGUGGACGCAGCUUGAAGGGAUACGCUUUCAACCCCUGCUUGACUGAAGCUGUAAGUUAUCUCAUGAUUUUAUUUCAAGGAAUAUUUAUUUUAUUAAUUCUAAUUAUUCAAUUUCAAUUUAGAAUACACUGUUGUUUCAUUCAAGAGAGAAAAUACGCUUUUGUGAAAAAUAAUGUUUUUAAAAAUAAUUUUAAAACACACCAAGUUAAAAAGUUGUUUUUGUUUUAGGCCGUCAACAUCAUUGAAUCCAAACUGCCAUUCUCCCGAGAUGACCGCUUGGGUUACCUUACUUUCUGCCCAACCAAUUUGGGAACAACCAUCCGAGCAUCAGUGCACAUUGCUCUGCCAAAACUUGCCAAGGACAAGAAGGUUCUAGAAGACAUUGCCGCCAAAUUCAACCUCCAAGUCAGAGGAACUCGAGGUGAGCACACUGAGAGUGAAGGUGGAGUCUAUGAUAUCUCCAACAAGAGGCGUAUGGGUUUGACUGAGUACCAGGCUGUCAAGGAAAUGCAAGAUGGUAUCUUGGAAAUGAUCAAGAUGGAAAAAGCUGCAGCAUAAAGCAGCUCAAUUUAGUCUCUAUCAUCAUGCCUCGCUACAUGGACUCUUUGUUAGGGCUCAUUCAUUUUCUACUCAGAUCUUUCUUGGUGUUCAUCCAUGCAGUUGGCUUUAGUUCAUAAUUUGGAAAGAGAGAACGUCGCAGAAGAAAUUUAAAAUGAGGUAUUACUUUGGACUGACCCACAGAUAAAAAAAUAAUAUAUAUCACUAAACGAACCUUCAUCCAGCAAAGUGUUUGCACAAUGAUUUAUUAGACCACUGAUUCGUGAUAUCUUAUCUAUAAUCUUAUAAAAUUAAAUAAAUUUUAUUCCAAUA